AUGUAUGCAUCCUCUCUGACUAAGCAGGACAAACGUGGAUCUGGAUCCGGGACCAGAAAGUGGACCAGAAAGUGGACCAGGAAGUGGGCCAGCCUCUCACUGCUGGAAGUUGUAAUGUUGAACUGGACUCAGUGCUCUGAGCUUGCCCAGGGUGCACCUCUCUCGCCGGAGCGUGGUCACAUGAGCGACUUCUGGCACAAGAUGAGCUGCUGUGUCAGCACCAAACCGCCUCCGAAGAAAAGGCGGAGAAUUGACCGCACGCAUCCAGCCGAUGGGGUCGGUCCAGGACCAGAUGAGGACCAGAGGGUUUUCUUAGCAGCAGCGGAGCACUGCUGA